GCUCCCACUAAAAUGCGGAAACCAACUCUUUUGGUAUGUCUAGUAAUGUCAUAUUUCAACUUUGUUGAUUCUAAAUCCAACCUAUUGAAUUCUCCCCUCAGAGUUUGUACACCAAAAGAGCAAUUUGUGCUAGAAGGAAAAUGCCUACGGUAUGUGAACGAUUUGAUGUAUCUAACAGAGGAAUAUCCACCAACUCAAAUUACUGUGCCAAUUGCCAAGAACAUGAGUAGCGCAUGUGAAAAAAUUACUAGUUGUUUUGCGGAAAUUGAAUGUGAUGAAGCUCAGAGAAGCAAGGAAGUUUAUGAGAGAAAAUGCGAAAAAAUAGAGUUCAAUAACUACAAGAUGCAAGAAUGUAUCCCAAAGUUUUAUGAGACGGUCUAUAACAAGUCACGCCAUUGCACAGUCGAAUUUGACUUUUUCUCGACGGAUUUGAAAACUCGACGUGAUGCAUAUAUUAAUGGAAAAUCGUGUGUUGUGAGUAUCGCCAACGAAAGAAGGUGUGAUGAGAAAGCACUGGAAUAUUUGAACUCAAGUUAUGACAAGUUUGUGGAUAUUAUGAGCAUCAAACCAGACGAGAAAAAAUGUUCUUCAUUACACGAUGAAAUGAUAUCAAAACAAUGCCAACCUGUGCUCUUGAAAUUGGGAAAUGGUGUAGUUGGAUCACUUGAUAAGCUUAUCAAAAAUGCAAAUGAGACGAAGCCUGCUGUUGAAAACAGACCGGAUGUUUGUGAUGAGUUGCAGAAUUGUCUUCAAAAAAGUUGUUUUUACACCCAGCAUAACCAGACAAAUGCCAAUGCAUACAAAGAAGGUUGUGAAAAGCUAACUCUUGUACCGUUCUCACUUUGCAAAUUCCAAGUCAUGAUUAGUCCCACUUCGACAAGUUAUAAGUGCGUCAUCGACAGUUUACUUAAUCCAAGUUCAACAAUGCCUCGCAACAGUUUCUUGGAAGACAAGGAAUGUAUGAGAACUAUGAUGGGAGGAAUAUGUGGAGCUGCAAUUUUGGAAAAUUUUGACCGCGAUUGGGAAGCAUCUAAAACUGCGGAUUUGUUUUGAUAAUAAAGUCCUGUCAAUUGCCCAUUUUUUUAAUACUAAAAAUCUAGAAAAAAUUAAAUUUGAUUGUUUUCUAAUUUUUUUCAAAAGCUUAAAUAAUCCCGCAUAAUGAAUUCUCACAUGUUUAUCGGUUAUGGAUGAAAUUAAAGUUCAAUUGAAUGUUUCA